UGAAAGAAAGGAGAAUGAGAAGCAUGGCCAUGGCUUUCCAAUCCAGCUGCUUCUUGGGGGAUCCUACCCAAAAAAAGCCAUCUUUCUUCGUUCCUUUGCUUAAAGAUUGCUUCUUUUCCUAAUUUCGAGCUGAACCUGAGAGCUAAGAGUGCUGUCUCGGAGAGGAGGUGUGGAAUUGGAGUGAUUUUUCCACCAAGUAGGAAGAGGAUGGUGGUUUGUUUGGCAUCAUCGUCUUCUGCUGCUCCAUCGACACUCCCUGCUGCGCUGCUCUUUGAUUGUGAUGGCGUGCUUGUUGAUACUGAGAAGGAUGGUCAUCGGGUCUCCUUUAAUGAUACAUUUGCUGAGAAAGAAUUGGGUGUCACUUGGGAUGUAGACUUGUAUGGUGAACUGCUCAAGAUUGGUGGUGGAAAGGAAAGAAUGACAGCAUAUUUUAACAAGACAAGUUGGCCUGAUAAUGCUCCAAAGACGGAAGGAGAAAGGAAAGACUUCAUAGCUUCUCUUCAUAAAAGAAAGACAGAAUUGUUUAUGGCCCUUAUUGAGAAAAAACAGCUUCCCCUUCGACCUGGUGUUGCGAGGCUGAUCGACGAGGCAUUAGCUAAAGGGGUCAAAGUAGCUGUUUGCAGUACAUCUAAUGAGAAGGCGGUCUCUGCUGUAGUUUCUUUCUUAUUAGGUCCUGAGAGAGCAAACAAGAUCGAUAUAUUUGCAGGUGAUGUUGUUCCUCGUAAGAAACCUGAUCCGGCCAUUUAUUUAUUAGCAGCCAGUACUCUUGGAGUUGAGCCAUCAAGCUGUGUGGUGGUGGAAGACAGUGCAAUCGGUCUUACAGCAGCCAAAGCCGCUGGCAUGAAGUGCAUAGUAACCAAGAGCAGUUUACACAGCAGAAGAGGACUUCUUAACGGCGGAUGCAGUAUUUGAUUGCAUUGGAGACCCUCCCGAGGAGCAUUUUGACUUGACAUUCUGCGCUAAUCUUCUUCAAAAGCAAUACGUGAGCUAGCAGCUCGAAAAUGCCUGUCCGUCUUGCUCUCGAGUUAUGAUAUGCCACCACCACCACAAACAUGAAAUGCAGGAAAACUUUUAGGCUGUUUCAGUAAAAACCCAAAAGUGAUAAGAAAGAUGUAUUCUAUUUGGAAUCACUAAAAUUCUUUGUGGAUUUUGUCGCAAGCUCAGACAACCUUUGUAAUGGCUAUGCGAAAUGACUACUAUUAGAUUUCCUCAAAACAGUAAGUUUUCGGACAUAAGAAGCAAUAAAACAUAUAUGUGAUCAUGCUUCUUCAGCAUA